CCAAGAUUGUUGCAUGGAUCUCAUUGAGCGCAUGUGACGGGGCGGAAUCGGAAGCUACGUCAUCGAAGCUGUUUCGGCUGAGAUCUUUUUGUGUGCUUGUUUGCCCCUCACUGCACAGCAUGCCGGACCGCGGCGACGUCUGCGGGCUCUCCGGCCUGGGGGCGAGCUUGACGGUGGACGUCACGAACAAUUCCGACUACGAGUUCGUGAUAGAGGAGGAGUGGUUGAAGUCGGGCAGCCUCAAGGACCGCCUGAAGCCCAUCCCGGCCAGGUCGAGCUGCCAGGUGGUGGUGGAGGCCCCUGACAUAGUCCAGGGCAUCAGCGGAGUCGUCUGGUGGGUGGACAGCUCCGCGAAGAGCGUAUACCUCUCCAUGGCUUUCUCGAAGCCCAAGAUCGGCUCCACGUGCUUCACGUGCCAGGCAGGCGAGCCCCCGGCGAACCUGAAGGCGGAGUGGAGGGAGGCCCCGAAGGCCGACAAGCUCAAGUCCAACAAGGGCUGCGAGUGGUCUGCGACCGACACGGGGAUCAACCUCACGAUCCACAAGGAGCUGGAGAUGUACGUCCCGCGCACGGUAGCGGACAUCGUGCCCUCGACGGACCGCGCCAGCAACGCCGAGGCCAGCGGGGCGGGGGCCAAAGCCCACGAGGAGGCGGCCGCCGCCGACGGCGACGGGGGCUACCCGGGCACGGGCUCUGGAGGCGCUCAGGGGGAGAAGGGCAGCUUCAUGGCGCAGACGCGCCCCAAGGACCUGGGCGACGGGCUGUACCGGGGGCUCAAGACCGUGGGCGGCAGCCUCGCGGGGGGCGCCGCGACUCUGGUGGCGGCGCCCGCGGUGGGCGCGAAGCAGGGCGGCGCCCUCGGCUUUGUCAAGGGCCUCGGCGUGGGCGUCGUCGGCGGCGCCGCCAUGGCGGUCGGCGGCACGGUCUGCGGGGUGGCGCAGAUGGGCAGGGGCGUCAUGCAGGCACCCAAGGCGCACUGGGCCCGCUGCGAGGAGAAGGUGUGGGACCAGGAGAACUCGGCCAGUGGGUCGACGUCGACCUGUGCGCGCUGGAGCGGGAGGCACAUGUGCCAAUUUGGUUGCGGCCGCCGAACAUCACCAGCGCGGACAACAGGCUGCUGACCAGCGUGGUGCGUAUCGUGGUAGAGCCCAGCCUCGCCGACCGCACCACGUCUUCGCAACGAGGGGUUCUGCCUGGCCGACGCGUGGUCGCCAACCUGCCCGAUGUACACGAGGGCAUGUUCGAGAAGCCUAAGGCUGCCAUGGCAGCGGACCAGGUAGCGGAGAUGAAGGUCGAGGCCGAGGCGUGC